CCAUAUAAACUUUUCAAACACUAAAACUGCAUCUUGAACAUAAAAGAAAACAAAGAUAUGGCAAAAAGUUGUGGGAUUUUUGCAAUAGUUAUAGUUUUGAGCAUUUUGGUGCAAAAGGGAAAUGGCCAAGACAGUUCAUGCAUAAACCAACUUGUUCCUUGCUUAAACUAUUUAAAAGGAACAAAAGAUGUGCCUAAGAGUUGCUGUGAUCCUCUAGAAAAUGUGAUCAAAAAUCAGCCAAAAUGCUUGUGUAGUAUGAUUAGCAAUCAAGGCAGUGAUCAAGCUGAGCAAGCUGGUAUUAAUGCUACCGAAGCUCAACAAUUGCCCGGCAGAUGUGGACUCCAUGUUAAUCCUAUUGCUUGCAUUACUGAUUCUCCUAAUACCAGGAAUUCAGUUGACAAUUCUUCAGGAUUUUUGUUGUUCCCUUGCUGGAAAAUAGUGCUGGCUUUGUCCAUUAUUGUCUUUGGGUUUGUAGCAAAUAUAAUCAACUGAAAGCAGAGAUAUUUGAUUUUGUUAAUGGAGCUUUUGCCUUCUCUUCAUUUGUUAAUUUUCCCAUUGUUUUAGAAAAGAAAUACACAUUUGUUGUCAACCAAGAGUGUAUCUCUAGUUAAUUUUCAUUAUCAAUAAAAGCAUUAUUUUAUUA